AUGUCUCUACCACUGAAACAAAACGAGUUUGACACCAGUAUUCGAAGCAACGAUGAUAUUGCAGAUCUUCCGAGGUCGACUGGUCACGAUAUCCUCGAAUCCGACCUUGAGGAUGAGGUGCUUGCGAUGAAAACUCGCCUCGUAAACGAUGCAAAUGAUAAGCUCGGCUGGACGCCUUUCCACUGGAAGCUCUUCUUCCUUAACGGUUUCGGCUAUGCUGUGGACUCGCUGUUGACCAUGGUACAGGGUGUGACUGGCCCCCAAGCAUUUCUAGAGCUUGCCACUGCGUCCUCCUACGUCAAUGCAGGAGUCGUAGCCCAGAAUGUGGGUCUCGUCGUGGGCGCGCUGUUCUGGGGAUUCAGUGCUGACAUGCUUGGAAGACGGCUGGCAUUCAAUGUGACGCUCUGGAUCACUUCUCUCGCCAUGAUCGUGGGGGGCGCUGCUCCUAAUCUUCUGUUCUUGUGCGCUUUCCUGGCAAUAUCGACAUUUGGGUCCGGCGGAAACUUGAUUCUUGAUCCGACAGUGCUGCUUGAGUUUCUUCCGGGUAACAAACAAUGGGUAGUUACAGCGCUGGCUGGGUGGUGGGGACUGGGCCAAUCGAUUACUGGAUUUAUUGCCUGGGGCUUCAUGACUCAAAGUCGUUGGAAUUGUUCCGCCAGCGAUGACUGUGGGUGGAAUAACAACGCUGGCUGGCGCUACGUCAUGUUCACGUGCGGCGCACUCGUUUUUGUCCUCUCUGUACUCCGCGUUACAGUGAUAAGACUCGUGGAAACUCCGAAAUACCUUCUGACAAAUGGGCGAGAUGCCGAUUUGGUAAGGUAUUACCAGGACCAGGCUCGCAAAUACAACAGGCCCUGCACCCUGACGUUGGAGCAACUCCAAGCUUGCGGGGAAAUACGCUUAAAACAGAGGGGGGAGAAGACGUUUAUUGUUAGUGAGGCCAAGAGCCAUAUUCAAGGUCUUUUCGUCUCUCGUAAGACAAUUUUGAGCACGCUUCUGAUAUGGGCCUCGUGGGCGAUCAUGGGAUUGGCUUAUCCACUAUUCUACGUAUUCCUCCCGGCCUACCUCUCAACUAGAAUACCCGGGAAGACGGUAUCGCAAUUCGAGACGUAUCGAAAUCUGACAUUGACAACGAUUUCUGGAAUUCCUGGCCCACUCAUCGCUGGCUACCUCGUUACAACGAGAUUGGGACGCAAGUAUACCAUGUUCAUUGGCGCGCUUUCAGGCAUGGCUCUCUUUUUUGGCAUUACCGGGAUCAAGACCGAUGAACAGAACGUCGGCAUCUCUUGUGCUAUCUCUUGCUGCAUCAACAUCUACUACAGUACAUUUUACGCCUAUACAGCCGAGGUCCUUCCAUCAGCGCAUCGCGCUACCGGAAGUGGCAUCGCAGUGUCCUUCAAUCGGGUCAUGGGCAUUGUAUCAGCUUUUGUGGCUUCGUCUGGCAACACCGCUACAGCUGUGCCGCUUUACGUAUGUGCAGCCCUAUUUGGUGCCUUGGCUUUGAUUGCAGUCUUGUUUCCCUUUGAGCCACAUGGCCGCCGCAGCUCUUGA